GCUGUGUUUGUCUUCCUCCUUGCACUUUUUAACAUGGACGUCCUGGAGCACAAAGUGAACUCCUCCUACCCUCUCCCAAAACAUCACCUGCAACACCGCUUCUUCAGCUUCCAACCGUUGUCCCCUGAGGAUGCUCUGGAGGAACGCCUCCUAUUAGACUCCAUUGCUUGGCCUGAAACUCCAUCCUUGUCAGCUUCUCUUUCCCUGGAGCAGACCACCCAUCCUGCCCACAGCAGAUUCACUAUUCUCCCAGAGAAGGGUGGACAACAGUGGCACGUAGGGGAUCAGCUGGAAGUUAUGAUCAAAAUGUAUGACUUCCAUGGUCGUCCCAAGAAGUCUGGUGGAGACUUCUUACUUGCCCGUCUGCACAACCGAGCAUUUGGUGCAGGUGUGGCUGGGAAAGUGUUGGAUCAUCUCAAUGGUUCCUACUCUGCUGUAUUUUCUUUACUCUGGGAGGGAAGCGCACAGGUUCAGGUGACACUGGUUCACCCCAGUGAGGCUGUCACAGUGCUGCAAAGGUUGACCAGAGAACAGCCAGACAGGGUUUAUUUCCGGAGCGUCUUUCGUUCAGGCUCAGUCUCUGAAUCUACCAUCUGCAAUGUCUUCCUGCGUCCUACCCAGCAGCCACUGUGCAACUACACUGACCUCAAUACAGGUGAACCGUGGUUCUGCUACAAGCCAAAGAACCUGAGCUGUGAUGCCAGGAUCGACCACUCCACAGGAGGAAUCAAUCCAAAACUCAAGGCCAAGGAAGACAAGCUCUUUAAAAGGGGAGUCAACUUGAAAGUCUCCAUUAAGGCCUCAGGAUUGACCAGUGUCAACGUGUUGCCAAAAAUGAAAGAGGUAAAGAACAGCAGUGUGAAGUCUGAACCCUCUGGCUAUUACUAUAAGGAUGCGUGGCGAGCCAUAGGUGACACCACAGUCAGCAGGUUCAGCACAUCUUCUGCCAUCAGCCAAUGUCUGAAAGGCAAGGUUGUCCACCUGUAUGGAGACUCCACCGUCAGGCAGUGGUUUGAAUGUCUCACUGCAGCAUUACCAGAUCUCAAGGAGUUUGACUUGCACAGCUCGAGACAAGUCGGACCUUUCAUGGCCUUAGACUAUGCAAACAACAUUUUGGUGACAUUCCGUUGCCACAGUCCCCCUAUCCGUUUUACAGGUGUCUCAGCCAUGGCGCUGCACUCCAUUGCCAAUGAACUAGACCGUGUAGUUGGAGGUAUCAACACUGUUGUAGUUUUUGGCAUCUGGGCACACUUCAGCACUUUCCCCACAGAGCUCUACAUCCGCCGGCUGCAGAACAUCCGCAGGGCAGUGGUGCGGCUGCUGGACAGAGCUCCAGGUACACUGGUUGUGAUCCGGACUGCAAACCCCAAAGCUAUGACACGUUUUGUAGCACUGACCAUGAGUGACUGGUAUGCGAUGCAGCUUGACAAGGUGCUCAGGGCCAUGUUCAAAGGACUGAAUGUUCACCUGGUGGAUGCCUGGGAGAUGGUCUUGGCCCAUCACCUGCCACAUGACCUCCAUCCACCACCUCCCAUUAUUAAGAAUAUGAUCAACGUCCUCUUGUCCUACAUAUGCCCUCAAAAGAGGAGCUAGAUGUGCGUUUAUGAUCAGUCCAGUUAAUCACUGUUAUUUUUAUGUGAAAUUAUUACUGUGGUUGCUUUACUGACAUUGUCUAGACUAGAUUAUUCAGUCCCACAUCUUCUCAUUCUCAUCAGUGAUUUUGGUCUCUUUUCUGGAUACAAAAUGAAUUGGUCUAAGAGCAAAGCUAUCUUGUUAAAUCUUCUUACAUACCCUGUCUAUCUGAUUUCAACCCCAAUUGUGUGGAGGUCACAGGGCAUGAAAUCAGAGUGAGUUAACAUCACAUCCCUGAUUGAUAGUGUUUUUCAGUUGAAUGGCCCUAAACUUCUGAAAACUACAAGAGGGGAUUUCCUUUUUUCUGCAUUCCCACCAAAAAUUUACACAGAAAUUGGUUUGAUCAAUACAGUUUUUAUGGAAAGAUAAAAAAACAUAAAAUCAUUUUCUUUCAAAAUCUAUUCAUAGGAACGAGGGUGGGAUAGGAAUACCAGAUGGGUAUUUAUAUUACCUGGCCUACAAUAGUGUAUAUCCACUACUCUGGGCAUAUAAGACACAUUGGAGGUGAGUGGCAGAGAAGAUGUUUCCCUUGCCUCCUUUUGGUAUCACCCUAAAUAAAAUAAGCACAUCAAAAGCCCUUUAAUCCUGUUUUUGUGCAAAGUGGCCAAAGCAAUUGAUAGACAUCGUAAAAGUCAGUAGUGUAUCCAUGCCAUCUUGGAAGAACCCAUUAUUCACAGCUUUCAAAUGAUGUCAAACAUUGCUGAGCUGGGUCAGUUAAUACAGGAUAGAGAUACAAUUAACUUCCAUGAACCUGAGAUAAACUUUAAAUAAUUCAAACUUCUUUCAGUAUUUGCAUUACAACAUUACUCUUGGUAAUAAUGAAACUCUAAAUAUUCAAUUAAGAGAUGCAGGCCCUGGCAGAGAAACCGUUUCCAAGCUUUAUAAAUUGUCAUUCCCUUUUUUUUUAACUGCAGUGCAUCUGUUAAAGAACAAUGACAGAAAAAUCUGGGUGUACCUCUCACAACAAACCAGUGGGAAUCUAUAUUGGGUUAUUCAAAUGAUCUUUGGAACUGUGAGAGGUAUAAAGUUAUACAAUGAAGAUUUCAUUAAGGUCAUAUAUUACCCCACACAAACUGAAAAAAAUGAAUGCAAUAUACAGAUACAUUCUAGCAUGGCUGUGGAAUACUUACUGAUUGGAUGUGAGAAA